ACGCCUUGAUUUCAAAACCUUUAUGACUUCGAUCAUUUCAAAAACAGCCAAUUCAUUGCUUACCCCAUUAGUUGACCAAACAAAAUCCAACCCGAUCACCCUUAAAGCAAAGAUUCAUUUAAAGUGAUUCAUGGAUACCCGUUUAGGGUAUCAAUAUCACUCAGUCAGACAAGCCCUUUCACUUCAGUUUUAAUGGAAACAGCCUUAAACUUUUCCUCUCUCUCUUUCAUUCGCUUUUUCGAUAUUUCACAAUGCAAAUACGAAAUAUAUAAACAAUUGCCUUUCGAGACAAUAUUUACAAGCGUGGCCAGCUGCGACAAAAAAACCAACAAUAAUCGCUUAAAGGGGGCACGUUUUUGAUGCACAAGACAUGUUGCAAAGCAAAACAAAGAGGGACUAGAAAAACUGGUUGGACACAUGAAUAAUAUACGUACGAAAAAAAUAGAAAAUCUACAAGAUGGCAGGAAGAAUCGUUGGGGGGAGGGUGGUGAGAAAAUGCUAAGUGCAUUCGAGCAGCAAAAGAACUUGAUAAGUUAGCUGCAAGUGGAUCAUGUGGUGUGGAAUCUAUUUCCAGAAAAUCCAAGGGGGGAAAUGUGUGGAAGCGAGAGUGCCCGCUUCAAAAAGUUGCCAGCCAAGUGAUCCAUAAACGGAGUGAUUAAAUAAAUUAAAAUUCUUUAUUUUCUUGUUUAUUGCUGAUCUCCCGCUGGCGUUCCUGCUCCCUCCAUUGCCAUAUUCUUUCGCCCACAGCGGGUUCUAAUAAUUAGCACAAGAAUUGGCUCACUGAGGGAAUCAUUUCCACAUGGUUAUAAAGCUUAUACUGUACCCAGCUUAUUUACAUCACGGUUUAGUUCAGUCCCCGUCAUUUGCUAAUCGAAACUCGUCUGGCGAAAACAGCUCUAUAAAAUAAGACCCGAAACAGAGCACGCAAAUUCAGCUUGGAAUUCGUCCAUGAGCAGAUACGAAUAUAUUUACGGAUACGGAUUAAAUGGUUCCUAUUUAAGUGCCGGCCACUUAACACCGUCGAAUUAAAUCGAGUGAAAUCAGGCGGGUUCAAGAUGCUCACCAGACAGCCCGACUACACCAUCUCCGAGCUGGGCCAUCCCAUCCACCAGUGGUCGGAUUCGACCACGUGCGAGUCCCUCAAGAAGCUGGACUACAGAAAGAUGCCCAGUUCCCCGCCAUCACCACAUCGCCUUCUGCCACUGAGGGAAACGCUGGACGAUUGUUUCAAGCGCUUGACGAUGAGAAGCAGAGAAGAUUUCGAAGAGGAUCCCGUAUACCAGCAGAAAUUGAUGAAGAAUCAGUGCAAUGAACAGCAGCGAAGGCGCAGCAAUCAAAAAUGUCGAGAUAAAGCCCAGUCCGGAGCAACAACGACGACGACAACGAUAGCGGCGAGCUGCGAUUUAAACAAUUUCUGAGAUUAGAAGAAGGAGGAAGAACACCUAUGGGGGAAGCAACCUAAGCGGACUGACUAAAAGUGCUAAAAUAAAACACCUUUUGCCUAGAUCAUUAAGUACAUUAAAUGUUAAGUAAAGAAAAAGCUA